GGAUUAGCAAAUACAGCUAAAAAGAACUUUGGUGGUGGAAACACUGCGUGGGAAGAGAAGACGCUGUCAAAGUAUGAGUCUAGUGAAAUUCGUCUUGUGGAGAUCAUAGAGAAUCUGUGUGACAGUAGUAACUUUGAAUGUAACAACAUGGUAGAAGAGCAUGAAGAACUUAUAGAGAAGUGGUGGUUUAAACUAAAGAAGAAGUAUCCCGAUUUGUUUAAGUGGUUUUGCAUAGAAACUAUAGAAGUUUGCUGCCCUGCUGGAACAUACGGACCAGAUUGUCUUGCUUGUCGUGGAGGAUCAGAAAGACCUUGCCAUGGAAAUGGUCACUGUGAUGGUGAUGGUACCCGGGGUGGAGAUGGCUCCUGUAGCUGUAACAAGGAAUAUACAGGAGAUUUUUGUUUGGACUGUUCUAAUGGUUACUUCAGUACCUUGAGAAAUGAGACACAUUCUGUUUGUACAGCCUGUCAUGCUGCCUGUAAAACUUGUACUGGUUCGAGUAACAAGGACUGCCAAGACUGUAAAGAAGGCUGGAUUAAAAAUGAAGAAGCAGCUUGUGUGGAUAUGGAUGAGUGUGCUGCUUCUCCUUGCAAAGAUCACCAGUAUUGUCUGAACACAGAUGGAUCUUUCUCCUGCAAAGCAUGUGAUGCCAGCUGCAUAGGCUGCACAGGGGAAGGUUCUGACAAGUGUAAGACCUGCGCAUCUGGAUACGUGAAGGAAGGUGAAAAGUGUACAGAUAUAGAUGAAUGUAACCUUCCUGAAAAGAUCUGCGUGAAAGAGAAUCAAGACUGUGUUAAUACUUCAGGUAGUUACAAGUGUGUAUGUUCAGAAGGGUUUGAAGAUAACGAUGGAACAUGUGUUCAAACUGCAAAACCAGGAGAGGAAGUAGAGAGUGAAACAACUGAGCCUUCGCCUACUGGACAUGAUGACUUAUGAUCUGCAUUCAGAACCAAAAGACAUUCCUAUGUAAAGUUUUAAAUUAUUGGACUAAGCCUCUGCUAGCUGACAUGCUGUGGAAAUGGUAUUAAAUAUGCAGGUUGCGAUUAAGAUUUAUUGGUUGUUUUUUUUAAAUGGUGAUAGAUGGCUCUUUAAGCUGCAUUUCCUUUCUUAAAUGCCACUUUUUAUAUAAUUCUUCGAGAACAACAUUCUAGGUGGGUUAGUAUAAAAUUUGAAUUAACAUAAUAAUGUACACAGCAAUUUUAAAAAUUUUACAGGUUUCUCAUUCUAGUGCCUACUGAAAACAUCAUUUGGAAGGACUUAGUUGCACUUCAGUCUAAAUUUUUCUUGAAGUAUGAAUUUUGGUGUUUCUUGACAUGAGAAAUAUUUCUGUAACUGAAAUACAGCUUUUUGAAAUUGUCAAAGGGAAUCUCUUUGGGGGAAGCACUGUUCCCUUA